GCGCAGCGCAGGCUGUGUGCUCGAUGAAAUUCCUGCGCAUGGGCUGCUUGCUUCUUUUUGUUGUUGUUGGGUGGCGGUUCCUGCCGCUGUGAUCCGUGGUUGGGUUCGCUCGUGGAUUGCUCUGCCCGAUCCAUGCCCCUGUUUGUGAAUUUAGUUCGCAUUUCGCCCGAGAUUCUGCCUCCCCUUCGAUUCGGUUAUCCGGAUACUGUUCUUCCUCCCGUGGACUUUUGCUCGUUUGCGCGAGUGUACCCGCUAUGAACCUGCGCUUUUGCUCUGUUUGUGUACCUGCUGCAAAGAGUUGCAGGAAUUUGGGUGCUAGCUGUUGGACACACAGAAGAAAGGGAUAUCAUGGGGAUUUCGGCCAAGUGGAUAAAAUCACUUGUUGGGAUAAGAAAGCAUGAAAAGGGGCGAAAUGCUGGAUGCAGCACCGCGAGGACCUCUGCUACCCAGUUGCUAGACAAACAGGAUCAUUCUGUAGAUACAGAAGGUGUUAUUGCAGCCGAAGAACUCAGAGUACAAGCUGAACCAUUGGCUGGUGAGGCGAACACAGAGGCAAUAUCAUAUUCCGCUUCCUCACCGAGCACAUACCUUCAAGUUUCUCAGACUGAACAUGAUACAAAGGAGCAUCAGGCUGCUGUAGCUAUUCAGUCUGCAUUCCGAGCAUUCCUGGCUAGACGUGCUUUACGGGCAUUAAAAGGACUAGUUAGACUCCAGGCACUUGUUAGGGGCCAUGCUGUGAGAAAGCAAGCGGCAGAAACACUUCAGUGCAUGCAAGCGCUGGUGCGAGCUCAAGCUCGUGUCAGAGCAAGACGAGUCCGUGUUUCUUUGGAAAGCCAAGGGACCCAGAAGAAACCACCUGAAAAAAAUGUUCAUGAGGACCAUGUUCGAGAUAUCGAGGAAGACUGGUGUGGCAGUGUAGGCUCAGUAGAAGAAAUGAAAAUUAAGGCAUUAAAAAGGCAAGAAGCUGCAGCUAAGCGGGAAAGGGCGAUGGCAUAUGCUUUGACACAUCAGUGGCAGGCAGGUUCAAGGAAACAGAAAGCAGCGAGCCUCCAAGACCAAGGACUCGCAGGAGACGAGAAUCAGUGGGGGCGGAACUGGUUAGAGAGGUGGAUGGCUGCACGCCCAUGGGAGAACAGGUUACUUGACAGUAAUGCCAAAGAGAGUGUCACAGUUGGUGAUGACAAAGUGGCUGAGGAAGACAAGACUAAAGCUCCAAACAAACCAAAAGGAAAAGUACUUGUUUCAACCACACAAGCAAAUGGACAACAGCACAAGAAAGGCACAAGCCACAAGAAGUCACAUUCUGAUGUAAGUGGCUCUUCAUCGGGGCAAUCUGCAAGCGUGCAACCAACUGCUUCUUUGGAUUCAUCCAAGGUAAAAGAGAAACCAUCAGACGAAAUAACUGAUGAAGUCAGCUCUCAACCUUCAAAGUUGGCUUCCCGAUCCACGAGCAAUCCAAAAGAAAGGCCAGCACAAGUCAAUGCACCAGCAAAGAAGCGAUUAUCCCUUCCUAACAAUGCAACAGCCAACGGGGGAGUAGGAAAGCGCCCUACCAACAGUAACCGGACAACCCAGGCCACGAGAUCGAAGAAUGCGUCAAAAGGAGCGUCCAAGUCUGAAUCAAGAGACCAGCCAAAGCCUUCUAGCACAGCGGUGAAGCCAGUUGAGGCACAAGCCUGAGACCAAAUCACUCCCAUUUCAUUCAGGCUUCAACUGAUGCCAUGUUGUCAUGCGUGCUGUCGUGUUUGUGUACAUAAAAUCGGGAAACAAACUCUGCAUCUGAACUGAUGCUAUGUUGUAUUCUACAAUUGUGCGAGAUUGGUAGCAUUGUCUUUAGAGUGAUGUACAUCAUUUGCGUUGCUGUUACCUACCACUGUGUAUGUUCCUUCCAGAUUGCUUGGUGUAUGAAACUUUGAGAUCCAUGUUUCCAAAUGUCAUGAUGCAGUUGUAGUCUUUCA